AUGGCAACGGAGGGUAAGAUCAAAGUCGAUGAACACUAUCCUAUAGAUGUUGACGAGCCACCACUGUUUGACGCGAAGAAAAUUGAUAAAAUUCGUUCGAAUGUAAAAUUCGAUCAAUGCUAUGAAUGUAGCCAGCUUAUCGGCGAUGGCAAGUUUGGCAAAGUUUACCAAGUUCGAGAAAAGGAAAGUGGUCAAGAAUUUGCGGCAAAAGUCAUUAGAAUCAAAAAGCAAGCAGAUCGUCAAGAGGUCGAGCGCGAAGUCGCCAUACUCACUCAACUUCGCCAUCCUCGUAUAGCUCAGAUCUAUGAUGCUUUCUACACAUCAAACAACGAAGUUGUACUAGUUAUGGAAAUUGUUCGAGGUGGAGAGCUGUUCGAUCGGGUUGCGGACGAGAAUUACGUGCUCACGGAGUUGGCUGUUGUAAUGAUUAUUUGUCAACUUUGCGAAGCUAUAGACUACAUACAUGAACAAAACAUCUUACAUUUGGACAUCAAGCCUGAAAACAUUAUGUGCGUCUCACAAAGGGGAAAUCGAAUAAAGUUAAUCGAUUUCGGUCUGGCACGACAUUAUGACGGAACUCAAGAACUUCGCUAUAUGGCUGGAACACCCGAAUUUGCUGCACCAGAAGUCAUAAAAUACGAACAGCUUGACUUUCAUACAGAUAUGUGGAGCGUUGGCGUUAUUACUUACAUUUUAUUAUCUGGAUAUUCUCCAUUUCUUGGAGAAAACAUAGCUGAAACCUACUGUAAUGUGGAAAGAGGUGUGUGGGAAUUCACUGAGGAGUUUGAUUCAGUCAGCAACGAAGGCAAAGAUUUCAUCUCACGACUAAUCGUCUACAAUAAAGAGUGCGUUGAGCAUUAUUCAUAUCACUUUUGUCAACAACAUCUGAUUAAUGAUAUAAAACGAAUGCUACCGAAAGAGUGCUUGGCGCAUCCGUGGAUUUCGAUACACAGAGCCAAGGUCAGUUGUGACGCAAAUCUGGAACAACCGGCUGAUGGACCAGUUAUGGAUAACCGGCAAAUGUUGCGGUAUAACGCUAAGCGAAAACUGAGGGUUUGUUUAAGAAUCUUAUUUUAUCACUGCUACUUUAUUCGACAAGCAACUCAGCUUUCUCACACACGGAAUGCGACAAAUUUUUAA